AUGCCACCACCAAAACGUACAGAGCAGGAGAAGUCUACAGAGCUAUUGCGCCUCACUCUCGAGCGCACCGGAAUUAUGGACACUCUAACUCAUCUGCUGAAACACAUUGUUGAACUACCUGCAUACGAACGUCCUCUGGAUCCGCUAAGAUUCCUACGUAAGAUGUGGAAUCCAUGGACGUGCAAUGUAGUCGCUACUGCUAUGAAGAAUGCUAUCGAAGACAUGGCAGAGGAGCUCGCUGAAGAGAGAAAGCUUCACGAAGUACUUAAGCGAACUAUUGACGAAGCCGAAACAGCUCUACUGAAUGCAAAGAUUGCUGCUCUGAAUGCUUCUGUGGAAAGUCGCAGGGAAGUUAAACCAGUUGAAGAGAUGAACCCCACUGACGCUUCGGAUGAACCAGAAGGUAGCUUAGCUUGCGUCCCAUUCGUAGGUCUCCCUUUUGACUUCAACCCUAGUGUCCCUCCACCAAACAUUGUUAUGAACAAUUUUCCCGUUCCCCUUCCUUUUCCUCAGUUCCCGGUUGCUCCUUACAUGCCGUUUGCACCUAUCAGCCAUAUCGACUGUGAUCCUCAAGGAGUGAUGUUAAUCCCACAACUUUUUUGA